GGGCAGGAGAAAAUGUUUACUGCGAAUAGCAAUCAUGGCAGGGCUGUUAUCGUUGCAAAACUACGAUUCGGAUUCUGAUGCAUCUGAUGAAGAAAAAAAAGAAUACGAUGGACAUAAUGCACACUUGAAGCCUGUUGAUUCUGGUAAAGCGACUGGUGCCAUAAUGGCUGUUGUAGCUGCUCCGGAAGUGGAAUCCAAUAUGGACUCCAGUGGUUUGCGUCAUAUUGAUCUUACAACAAAGGAAGUGAAAUACAAUCCAAAAUAUGAAGAACUCUUUGCGCCAGAGGUUGGACCUGCCCACCCAUAUAAGACACAACAGGCAAUGGCGGUUAAAAACACACUAGCGGGACUUGCUGAACCAUCUCACUUCAAUGAUUUUCAGUUUGAAAAUCAACGUCGCACAUUUACAAGUUAUGGGUAUGCUGUUGAUCCCAGUGUUAGUGGUGAAAUGGAGACGAUUGGUGACACACAGGCUGCUGAAAGCCUUAAAGGUGCCACUGUGUUUGAAACUAAACCACAGACAACUGAAAAGAGGAAAAGACAACAAAAUAAAGAUCCUAGUGAUGUUACGGGUUAUCUAGGACCUUGGGCAAAAUAUGUUGAUGAGAAAACAGUCAUCAAACCUAGUGAGGAUGAACAAAGGGAACUAAAUGAGAUUUUAGCCAAGCGGAGCAAGACUGGCCGCCAGACUGAAGAAAAGUCUGUGGAGGAGAAGACAACUCUGCAUAUCAAAGAUCCUUAUGACUACCAGGGUCGUUCAUUUCUGCACCCUCCUCAAGAUGUUGGGGUUAACCUCAGAUCAGAAGAGCCACCAGAAAAAUGCUUUCUGCCCAAAAAGCAGAUCCACACGUGGACUGGUCAUACAAAGGGUGUGGCAGCUAUCCGGUGGUUUCCUCAUUAUGCACAUCUUCUUUUGUCAUGCAGUAUGGAUUCAAAAAUUAAGAUAUGGGAAGUGUAUAACAACAGACGCUGUGUUCGGACCUACCUUGGUCAUAAACAAGCAGUAAGAGAUGUGACUUUCAAUAAUGAUGGAAAAGAAUUUCUCAGUUGUGCCUAUGAUCGGUUUUGCAAACUGUGGGACACAGAAACAGGGCAAUGCAAGGCCAGGUUCACCAGCAGGAAGGUGCCAUACUGCAUUAAGUUUCACCCAGAAGAGGAAAAACAACAUUUAUUUGUUGUUGGAACCUCUGAUAAGAAGAUUGUAUGCUGGGAUAUCAGAUCUGGAGAAAUUGUUCAAGAGUAUGAUCGACACCUUGGGGCUGUGAACACCAUCACCUUUGUAGACCAGAAUCGGCGUUUUGUCUCCACAUCAGAUGAUAAGAGUCUCCGUGUGUGGGAAUGGGAUAUUCCUGUGGAUUUCAAAUACAUUGCAGAUCCAUCUAUGCACUCAAUGCCAGCAGUCACAUUGUCCCCAAAUGGAAAAUGGUUAGCAUGUCAGUCUAUGGACAACAAAAUCUGCGUUUUUGAUGUCCUCAACCGGUUUAAAUUUAUGCGUAAAAAAGCUUUCAAAGGCCAUAUGGUGGCUGGUUAUGCUUGCGGAAUUGACUUCUCUCCUGAAAUGAGCUACAUCUCUUGUGGUGAUGCAGACGGUAAGGUAUACAUCUGGGAUUGGAAGAGCACCAAGCUGUACAGCAAGUUCAAAGCACACGAUGACGUCUGCAUAUCUGUCUUGUGGCACCCACAUGAAACCUCCAAAAUGGCUACUGCUGGAUGGGAUGGUGUUAUCAAAUAUUGGGACUGAAGUGUCGUGUUUGGUGAUUGGUUAGGACUGAUUGACUUUAGACAUGGAUAAUAAUACCCUUCUUUUCAUUCUUACCAAUUUAUAGUUGAAAAUCAUGUGCACGUUGGUUAAACAAGAAAUUCAAAACUGUGAAGAAUGAAUGAGACAAGUGAAUAUGUCUGUGUUUAAAUAUAAAAAAAAACCAACAAAAAUGUUUCGUCAUCACCAACAUUGUCAGUAACAGUAAAUAUGGUGACUUAGUAUAGGAUAGUAAUUAAGGUAUCAAGAUAUCAUUACUCUAUCAGCAAGAACUGUGUUACACAUAAAUGACAUUCUGAAAAGAUAUGUAAUUGUAAAAGAAACAGUGCAUGCAAAGUGUUUUAACCAUGCAUGCUACAAUACAUUGUUAAGGAAACUUGAUCUUUUAAAGUCUUGGGCCAGUAAGUUGGGCUAUAACCAGUGCAAGACUUGUGGACCUGCUGCACAGCAUAAGAUCAAGUUUUCUUAACUCUUUCUCUGCAUAGGAGAAAGUGCGCUUUGCUACCAGCUGGCGAGGCAAAAAGUGAAAUUUCGACCGGUUUUAAAAAUUUCUAUCUAUUAAUCUUCAGUGUAGGCAAUUAUCAGUGAUACUCCAUUUUAAAGAGCAUUUUUCAUUCACAUGGUGUACAUUUUAAGAAAUAUAGGUUUUGUUUACUGGUAAAAUCAAACGAAAGAUUGUAACUGUAUGCAACAGAGAAAAGUAGGUCAAUCGUUAGAAAUUAACAAACAAAAAUCAUUUACACGAUAUAAACAAACAUAAAGUACCGAACAAACAUAUUUUCUUUGAAUAUACAUUUGAAUUUAAAUAUUACUUACUGCUUUCUUCUUUUCAGUUGUUUGAGUACAAAUCCAUGUUGAACUGAAGAUGGCGCUUAAACACAGAAUCUUUGCUUGCUUUCAAACAUAACAAAAUACCUGAUUGGUGGAUUUUUCCAACCUUUGAAGGGAAGUAAUCUGUAGUUGAACAACUUCUAAAGGUUCCUGUACUUGCCUCCCUUAUGUUUUCAUUUUAAUUACGCAUAGAGAGAUUACAAUAUGUCACAUGGGGUAGCUCAACGCAGAGACAAGUGAGCGCCGGGCCAUCACCCUACCUCGUUCAACGCAGAGACUAAGAGUUAAGAAUGUAUUGUUAUAGCCCAGCUUACUGUGCCAAGACUUUGCAUAGACUGGUUUGUCAUUCAACUUUUCUUUGAUGUAUGCACUAUUAAAAUAAUGUAAAAAAAAAAAAGAAAGAAAGAUACGCUAUGUUUUUGUGAAUUAUAAACUAAGUCUAUGCAUAGUCGUCAAGAUCAGACAUGCUACAGCAUAUGAAAAAGGUGAUCUGUGUCAUAUCUAGUUCUUUUAAUGAAAAAAAAUCAGCACUGUAAAUAAACAUUUCAAAGUCAUGAGACUACCUC